GUAACUAUUUAAUAACGGCCCCGACGAGACCCAAGAGGGAGAGCAGGCCUCCAGCUCUUCCUCCUCCCUCUAAGGAGCUGUGAACAAAAAGUUGGGCUGUUUGUCAAGUUUAGUGCGCUCAUGGCUGCGCGAAUUUUUGAUCCAUUUCUGGCUUUCUUCAUAACUAUGUGGGUGAUUUCUCGGGCUGCAGAAGACUCAGAGGCGGUAACAGCGAAGCCUGGAGAUGAUGUCAUUCUUCAUUGUCAGGGUCAAAGAUAUGCUCCCAUUCACCUGAUAGUGUGGAGCAGAACUGACCUGGAGUCAGAUGAUUAUGUCUUCUUCUUUAGACACGGCCACUCAUAUGGACCCUACCAGCAUCCAUCUUUUCGUGGUCGAGUGGUGUUGAGAGAUCCAGAGGUGAAGUACGGAGACGCUUCUGUGAUUCUGAAGAACAUCAAUGUCAACGAUGCUGGAAUAUAUGAGUGUCGGAUAAGAGAGAGAUACGCACCUGAACUCACCAACACCGUCAGGCUGACAGUGAAAGGUCACACAGCUGGAGACGAUGGGGAGUUUGAUGCAUGGGAAAUUGGUCUGACAGUUGCUGGUGGGCUUUCUGUGAUUGUUGUUGUUGUUAUUUGUUUAUUGAUCUGUAAAUGCACAAUUGAUAGAAAACGCAGGGGCCACAGCUCAAACCAACCUCUUGCUGAUGGAGAGAUACCCAUGCACAAUUUGGACUGAUAUUAUUCUGGCGGUUAUUAGUCUGAAGAUUGUUUUGGUCUUCUUGACUGAAAAGCUGCUGCUGGAGUCCUCACUAAGAUAUUUAUUUGUCAUCAUCUCAUCUUCGUUCAGACCCCUCAUAUGGUCUGGGAUCAGGUCUGCUGUCCCCAGAAUCCGCAGAACGAGAACACACAGCAGCACGGUGCAGGUUCCACAGAGAUGUAAGAUAAUAGUAAUGGAAGUGAUGGUAAUAAUUGGCACAACGGGUGUUAAUAAUACGAAGCCAGAAACACCUGCAGAGAGUGAAAAAAGGAGAUAGCAGAGAUAACAGAAAGAGAGCAGAGGGACGAGAAAGCACAGAAGUACGUGUGAGGGAACAGGUUGAGUUAGUUAGUAACAUGCAUUAAUGGGAUAAUCAUGCAUACAGAUGGAGGGGAGAAGAGAGAAGAGUGAAGCUCAGUGCAUCAUGGGAAGUCCCCCCGGAGUCUAAGCCUUAUAGCAGGGCUCAGCUCGGUGUUGUCAGUCCAGUUUAUUGUUGAGGUGCACCCCCAGGAACUUGUAGGUGUCCACCAUCUCUACUACCUCAUUCCUGAUUACAACAGGGGUGUGGGGCCUCUCGCUGCGUCUGAAGUCCACCACCAGCUCCUGGGAUUUUCCUGUGUUGAGCUGGAGGUGGUUGCUGUCGCACCAUCCGAUGAAGCUCUCGUAGGAAGUCAGUGAUGGGGAGAUGUCCCAAGUCCCAGAUACCAGCACAGCCAGCCGCAGAUCAGAUUCCACGAAGACGACACGAUUAGAGUAGUGGUGGAAUCAGUCUGCGAGGGCUAACAUCAGAUGAGUCAUAUAGACUAAUUAAGGGAGAAUGAUGUGAUGUUUCAUCAUUAAUUGCCAAAUAAAUACAGGUUUGUUCCCUUCUUCACUUUUACCUGAAGAGUAGAAACAUUAUAUCUGUCAUCUACACGUGGAUAAAAAAGUAGGCUAUGACAUGUGUAUAGUUUGGUUUCUAGCUUCACCAACGAGCAGGACUAGUUAACUGCACUCCGCUCGCACACACAGCAGAAACCAGGAGUAGUCGUUGACGCAUAAUAUACAGUGUAACAAUAGAAAUAUUAUAAUAUAAAUAAUAUAUAAUAAAUAUAUGGGACAAUGUACACUGAUCAACAUUCAAGAAAAUGUAAGUGUACCUAACUCGAGUACACUUAAACAGUGAAUUUCCUAACAAGAAAAAGGUGAAUUUUUCUGAACUAAUUUUUGCCUUUUUUUU